UGACCACCGGUUUCGUGGUGGUUUUGGAUUCCCAAGGGUCACUUGCAGCAGCAUGGACGCAGCGACGCUCGCCGACCUCCGCGCCAAGUACGCGACCAGCGCGCCGGCAACCACGCCGUCGCCGCACGUCUAUGGCGGCGCGUCCACGCUGCGCAUCUGCGACCGCUGCCACGGCCAGCGCAUCGAGCGAGUCCCGUACAACUACAUGGUGCUCGAACAGACGUGCUCGGCGUGCGAUGGCGAAGGCGUGCUAGCGGUGCAGCGAGGCCGACUGUAGUAGACGAGCCAUUAUAAGCUGGGCAGCUUCGGCCUGUCCAAAAAUCGUGUUAUGUGAUACGGCUGGAGCCGUCAGAUUUCGAUUUCC